AUGCGUGCUGUACUUUUAAUAUUGAUUGUGGCUCUUAUUAUAUGCCUCAAUUUUGCACACGCAGCUCCAAUAGCUGAGGAAGAAAAUGUUGAUAAAUCUGAUCAGGCAGUAAUUCUAUUGGAUGUCGACGCUGGUGUAGAGCAUGGCAAUGAAUCCCCAAGGCAAGCACGUGGCUACGGAGGAUACGGUGGAUAUGGCGGCUACGGAGGCUACGGAGGAUAUGGUGGAUAUGGCGGUUAUGGAGGAUAUGGAGGUCGGGGCGGUUAUGGUGGCUACGGCGGAUUCGGACAUCAUGGUCAUCAUGGUCAUCAUGGCCAUCAUGGUCAUCAAGGCCAUGGACGCGGUUACUAUGGCUAA